UAUCAAGAAAAUCUUUACUAAAUAUAAUAUUGCUAAAUAAUAAUAAAAAAACGCCAACAUUCGUUAUUAACGAACAAUACUGUGUCAUCGUUGAAAGUCAAAGAGGAAGACGCUAAAAUCUAUCUCUAUUGUGUGUGCCAUCAUCAUUUUCUAUUUUUAGGGAACAACCCAACUAAAAAUAUAAAAAACUUUUAAACAAUACCAAUUGAAAAUAUUCUGCUUGUUUACUGCUAUUAAAACUAAUAAUGUAAAUUAAAGUUUUUAUGUGGUAAAUAAAAAAAAUAUAAAAUAAAUAUUAUUUUAAAAUGUGUAAGAAAUGGCGGCGGCAAGAGAAAAUGAAAUAAAGUCAUUUGACGUUAAUCCUAAUCUAAAUAAAAUUAAAUACGGCGAUGCUGACCUUUGUUCAAAACGUCGAAAACUGAAUAAAAUUAACGAGCAAGAGGAUGAAGAUGAAUACGAUGAAAAUAUAAAUACAUCAAUUAGUCCUGAUGAUGAGACUUAUUUAAAGUUUGAAAAAAACGUAAAUAUAAAUUGUUGUCAAAGUUCAUUCAUUGACACUGUUUCUAGUACAAGUGAUAUUGAAAAGGAUUCAAACCAUAAACAUAUAGCUAAUCACACAUUAACAUCCCAAAAAUUCGAGUCAAGUGCCAAAAAUAAACUCAUAAUUACCGAUAAACCGUCUGUAUCUAGUAAAGGAUUCGAAAAUACUUUCAAGUUGCUGCAGAAUCAAGUAAAAACGAAUACUCAAAAAACAAUUGACCUAAUUAAAACAAUAAAUCCCGAUAAUGAAUUUCCAUCAUAUUCAGGAUCAAAUUUGAGCGUUGUAAGGGAGGAAGAGCCAACAUGUUUCGAACUUGAAUUAGAAGCCAUGCAACGUAUUCAAAUAUACGUUAAAGAUAUAGAACAGGUAAAGCAUGGAGAAAGAAAAAGUGAAAAAUUAUCAACACCAUUACUGGAGUUACUUUACAAUUUUAUCUCCAGAGGAUUGUCGCAAGAUUUUCUCAGUGAAACUGAACACUCCUUACAAACUAAAACAUUGUGUAAUGAUACAACAUACGAUUCAAAUUUAAUGUAUCAUGUGGGAAAAAACACAAACGGUGCAAAAUGUUUAAAAAUUGUGCGCAAUUUACUUAAACACGAAGAAGUUCUAUGUGGUAACCGAGUAAGCCAAAUGACGAGGGCAUACGACGACAUAGAGGCCGUCACUCGCCUUCUGGAAGAGAAGGAGAAAGAUUUGGAGUUGACGGUACAAAUCGGCAAAGAGCUUUUAACACAAAAUAAUUUACUGGAGAAUAGAUUAGUAGAACUAGAAGGCGAAUUAAAAUCGGCAAAUGAGGAUCGCUCUCAACUAGUACAUGAGUUGCAUAAGAAAAAUGAACUUAUUUCUGUCCUUACAAAUGACGGAGAAGACACCAGUGAUAAUGAUACGCCAGUAUAUUCUAAAUCAAUAACGUUGGAUUUACUUCAAAAGAAAAUUACAACGUUACAAGAUGAAAAUAAAUCUCUUAAAAUAGAAGCAUCCCAGUUGGCAUGUCAAACGGAUGAGGUAGAGGCACAUGAACGUCAACUAAUGGAUGAUAUUUCUUUGCAAUUAAAUGAUGCGAACAAGCAAUUCGAAGGUCUUAGUUUGGAAUUAGAACGCCAGCGAGAGGAGAAUCGCCUUCAGCACGAACAAAUUGUUAGCCUAACCGCUCGUUUGUCCGAAGCUGAAAUGAGGCUGCAUCAGCUAACUCACGACAAUGACGAACAUAUUACACUUUUGAACAUCACAAAAGAAAAUCAAAAUUCGUUAGCAUUAGAGUUGGUAGAAUUUAAGCAACGAUACCAAGAAGUACUAGCGCUGCUACAAGAAACCCAGGAACAACUACGAAAACAACGAAAAAAGACUCUUCCACAAGCUCGAAGUUCUUUCAUGUCUACACUUGGUGGUUUGCAACCAGACUCUCUACAAUCUGAAUUGAUGGAAUCUUCAUUAUACUCCGAGAACAGUAUUGACUCAGGUAUUUCGGCUGAUAAUCAACGUGUUAACGAUCGAAUAGGACGAUUGAUGUCACAACUUCCUGGCGCUAGUAACUGCGGCAACAGUUCCAUGAAUUCUAGUGGUAUUUGUGCAUUCAGUGGUGGAACUUUGGCUCCUUACAAACGAGUUUUUGACACAGUACGUUGUGCAACGAAAAGUGGUAAUUUCGCAGAUAGUGAAAUAACGUCAAUGACACACCUAGGGGCCAUGUCAAUGAGCAGUGCGUCUGGACCGCGCAUGUCUACAAUGCCAUUUGUGGGCGGAGCAAAUCCAAAUAACUCUUCAUUUUGUCGUGACGCCGGCUUGUCUUUGGGUAUGGGUGUAAAGACGUUAUCAUGCGAAAGCAUAAAUUCUCAAUCAGAUGACGGUUAUCCAUCUCAACCAUCAGGUGUGCCAGGCGCGCCAGGUGCCAAAGAACUUGAAGCUGCGCUAAAAAGACUUACACCAGCAGAAGUUCUUGCAAGAAGAGCAAUGUUAUCAUAUGCCCCAGCAGGAACUUAUUCAUACGAUGAUCAACAACCAACGGCUGCCCUUCCGCUGGGAGUGCGAACACCUGAUAGCAUUAUGUCGACCGGAUCGUCUGGAAUUUCGUCAUCUACUAAUAUGUCGUCAUCGAUGCAUCAAUGGCGUCUUCCUGAGAAACUACAAAUUGUCAAACCCAUUGAAGGUUCUCAGACAUUGCAUCAUUGGACGCGUCUUGCUACUCCUACUCUAAGUGGCCUAUUAGAAGAACGGCCUGGUGUAACAAUUCGUGGUGGUCGAGGUCUGGACGAUCUAGGUAUGCAAGUUUACACACUCUCUGAUGUUGAAGAAGAUGUCAGUGAUGAAUUGCCUGGCAAACAAUUUGAAUUUUCUGGCUGUACUUAUACCUAUACCACCAGUACUGUAAUGCAUCCCGAUGACGGACUCCUAACUGAUUUGUCUUUUUUGUCGCAAUCACAAGUGUCCUCUCGAAUGGCUUCUACAUCAACUUCUCGCCAACCAAGUUGUCCCCCAACCCCUCGAGCUGGAUUAUCACGCAAAAAUUCGUGCUCAACAUUUUCUGUUAAUUUGGGCUUAGCUUCGAUGUUGAAUGAACGAGGUAUUAAAGCUGUGACUCCAAGCGCCUUAAAUACGCCAGCAGGUCCGAACUUUUCACCUACUGUCACACCAUGCAACAGUCCAGAGGGAUCUCCAACGCGAUCUAUGUCGCCAGAACCCUUAUUCGGGUUGCUUUCCUCUGGAGCUGAUUUGAUUCGACGAAAGCUUGUCGGUGGUGACAUAGAAAGGCCCAACAGAAAUCAACAACAUCAAAAACAACAGAAAAUUAUGCUAACACGUCUUGAACGACGUGCUCUAAGAUCAUUACGUCUGGUGGAGAAAGUCGAAAGUAUUGGUUUAGAAAACAUUAUUACCACACAACCAAAUGCAAUGUCUCAGCUAGCUAGUGGAAUUGCUAAUCGCAGCGCCAGUCCAAUGGCUCAAUUAACCAGCCUCAAAAAUAUUCACACGAAUUCUAAUAAUCUUGUAAAUGACUUACACUUUGAUCGCAACCAGAUAAAAGAUGUACUGCAGAAGGGACUUCAUCCCCAGGAGCUACAAACUCCAACAUCAUCUAAAUCAUCGGUAGGCGGAGGAGCAUUAAGAACAUCGGAUCAACGCGAACCAAAACUAAAAGAAGGUGAUACUAAGCAGAAGCAGCAGCAAAAAAUGCACAAAUUAGACGAUGACGCACAAAGAGCGGCAGGCAGCAUUAUGUCUGAUUUGGAAAAUUCAAGUAUUCGAGCUAAACAAAUGCUGCGACAAAAGUCACGAAGAAACUUAAAAAAUGGCCAAAGACCUGAUUUAGGUACAAUUGGAGGUCGAGUGCGCACAGAUUUAGGACGGGUUUCUCCAAAACAGCACGACCAGCCUUUAAGCACUCGAAAUAAGGCAUCUGGAAGCAUUUCUAAACAAAUCUCUUCUAACAAUAAAGACCACGAUACCAAAGAAGCCCAGCAAAGUAUUACGCAAUCGUUCGUCGGAACCGUAAGCUCUUUACUGUUUGGCCGCAAGGGUGGUUGGCUGUAAACUAACUAACCGGUCCAGACUAGAAAUGUGUCUUUUUCAGGUGAUACUACUGACAAUUUUCGCCUUGGAAUAAAAUAGAAACCCUUUUAGAUAACACAAUUUCAUAAACUAUUUUGAACAACACUGCGCUAUAUCAUCAUUCUAACCAGCAUCCAUAGUGCACUUUAUUUCGGUGCAUUUAUUUAAAUAAGCAUUUCCUUUGUUUGCAAUAAUACAUACAACAAAUUCCUCACAGAGCAACGCAAUGCUUUUUAAGGUCAAAUUUUUGUCUUAAACAUAUAGUAGUUGAAGCUACAAAAAUCGUAAAUUUUUGCUUUUGAAGGUUUAAAAGUUAGUAAAAUGCUAUAUACAUUUUAUUUUAAAAUGCUGCCUAACCAACCAACCUACACAUACUUACAUAUACGAUGUAUUUUUAAUUCUCAAUACUUCCUUUGUAUUCAAUGUACAUUAUAAAUUGUAUUUUCAUUUGUAUGGUCAAUUGCGGUCACUGAGAGAGUGUUAUAAACUGACAUGAUCAGAUGUUUUUUAAGUUCUUUAUAUCAAUAUGUAUAUGUUUCUUUUGUUUUUAAUAUUAAACAAAACAAUGGGUGUUUGCUCUGAUGUAUUAUAUAAUAUGAUAUCAAUGUAUCUUUUAAUGUGUUAGUACUACCAGGGUAAGUGGCUUUAAAUGCUAUAUAAAAUACAUAGUCCCAUUUAUUUAUAAAAAAGAGUGGUGCCGAGGAUCUCUUCAAUAAGGAUUUUCUCAUACAUAUUUACAUAUAUACAUACUAUUGUAACUAUUUUUUUUAUAUUUAUUUUUUGUUUAGUUUUAAAUUUUGACUCUAUAGGCAUCAUUGGACGAUCAAACAUAUAUGACGAUCAUAAUGGCAAGAAUACAACAGUCGUACAGUCGUGAAUAAAAAACAAAACUUUGUUAAUAUUUAUAACAAUAAUCGGCAAGCCUUCAAACUUAUCUGAACUAUGUACAUACAUAUAUUUUUUCAAAGACUGUUUCCAAUGUCAAGCCUGUCGCCUGUUAUAUUUUAUCGUCUAAUGACCCCUUAUUGUGCUAUUUUUAAUUUUAUAAAGUUAUUUCUAGUCUUCAGCUAUAUUGUGCUUAUAAUUUGGCUUUGUUACUAUAUUUUUAUUUUACGCAUACAUCUUCAGUGUGCAAAUGAAAAAAACAACAACAAUACUAUAAACACAAACUAUCUUAAUUGAAUUUAUUUAAAUGAAAAAGAUACAUAUUAUUCUGAAUUAAAAAUGUUAAUCUUGUUUACCCCCAGUAACACGAAGUCUGGUUAUGUGUUAACUAAUAGUUAUACUGACAGUUUUCAUACAAAAAUAAUUUUAACCGACAGUAUAACUAUUAGUUAACGCAUAACCAGGCUUCGUUUUAAUGGGGGUUAGUAUUUUAAAUUUAAAUCUAAACUGCACGAAGUUAGCAGCACCAUUCCUGAUCAUAAAUGGUGUAUGAUUUUUAUGGGCAUUCGACAGUUAUCAGGGGUUAGUCAUAUAUACUACUACUACUUAUUAAUAACAUUACAAUAUAAUAAAUACAAUAAGAACUGUUAACGGAAUCGCAUCAUUUAGAGGUUUGAAGAACUAAAAAAAUGUUUAGGAAUGUUGUGCAAUGCUUACAUUAAACUUCGUAACAAAUAUGUAUUUAGAUUUUAUGAUACUAUUUGGGAUCACAUUUCUAGAAGGGUUUUCCAUCAGCAAAAAUAUUGGUAAAACAGCUGUUACUACAAAGCAUAAAGAAAACUGAGUUAAAUAUUACGAUUGGGCAAAUCUUUCACCAAAUAAGGGUAACAACAAUUUUUAUAUAUUGGAAUUACUUCAUAGUAAAUGUUUAUUUGAAAAAUAGAUGAUUUUACUUAAAACAAAUCGACACAUACAUAUAUUUUCCUAAUUCACAUCCGGUGAUGAAUCGAUGUAUUGUUUUAAAAUCCUUUAAUAGCUUUGUUUUCAAAUGUUUAGUCAUUUGAUCACAACAAUACAGUGUAGGAAGAGAAUUGGACAUUAAUAAAUAAAUUUUGUUUUUUAUAUGAAACUGUCAAAAAACUCAUAGUUAUGAGGUAUUAAAUUAAUUAUGAGAUAUUAAAUAUUUUUGUUCCUGCCUCAUAAAUAAAUUCUUAUAAUCGUCAAAAUCAAGUAACUAAUGGUUUUUAUUUAUUAAAAAUUGGUCGAACAUAUGCAUCAACAUUUGCUUUCGGUCGGACAAUAAUUAUAUGUAUGUAUAUCACAAAAAACGAGUAGUUAAACAUAAAACAAUUAAGUGGUUAAAACGUUCUUAACAAACAAUUAAAAUGUUAAAAAUGUUAUUUCCACUUAUUUCCUGUAGAAUCGAUUUGAAAUGCAUAUAUUCACAUGUUUUUACUCUGUAGAUUAUAUUGCUCAAUAUCAGUUGUUUUAGUCACUACAUAAAUACACCAUUGUUUUUACUGAUAGAAAGACCUUUUGUCCCAAUAUCAAAAUAGUCUAAUACACAUAGCGAUAAAAGCGACAGAACAAGAAUAAAUCUUUUCUCGAGAAUAAAUACAAAAACAUAAAAACAAAAAAUCAGAGUUACAUUUAUUUUUGUAUGUUAAGAACAAUACAAUAUUAUAGUUAAAAUCUAUUCAAUAAUAAUUAGUGCAACUUAUUAUUUUAUCUAUAUUUUUUACUUUAUUUUCAUUUUGCUUUUAGAAAUGAUUAAAAAGGUAAAAAUGUAAAAAAAUAGUAAAUAAUUCUCAUUGGGUUGAAGUAUGACUCAAGAUGUUAAAAUAAAAUAUUAAUUUUUAUGCAAUAAAAAAAUAUUGUUAAACUUAAA